GUUGUUGGUUUAGCUGCAAAGCAAAGUAGAAUAAGAAAUAUUUCAAACACUGUGGUGAAAGUAAAGCAGAUCCUUGGGCGAAGCUCUGGUGACCCACAGGCAGAGAAAUAUAUUGCAGAAAGCAAAUGUUCAGUAGUUGAGAAGAACGGAAAGCUUCAGUAUGAAAUAGAUAAUAAAUUGAUUAACCCAGAAGAUGUGGCAAAACUGAUUUUCAGUAAAAUGAAAGAAACUGCUCAGUCUGCAUUGGGCUCAGAUGUAAAUGACGUUGUUAUCACUGUACCGUUUGAUUUUGAAGAGAAUCAGAAAAAUGCCCUUGGGGAAGCAGCUGCAGCUGCUGGAUUUAAUGUUAUGAGAUUAAUUCACGAGCCAUCUGCAGCUCUCCUGGCUUAUGGAAUUGGCCAAGAUUCACCCACUGGGAAAAGCAAUGUGUUAGUUUAUAAACUUGGUGGAACAUCACUUUCUAUCACAGUCAUAGAAGUAAACAGUGGAAUAUAUCGUGUGCUUGCUACAAACACAGAUGACAGCAUUGGUGGAGUUUACUUCACAGAAGCUUUAGCACAACACUUGGCUUCUGAAUUUCAGAGGUAG